AUGGGCACCAAACGGCAGCACGAUGAGGUAGAGUCGCACGGCGCGGCGUCUGAAAAGAGGCAAAAGUCGUAUGUCGGCCGCAAGCGACAGGCGCAGGAAGAUUCGGGAGCCAAGAAGCGCAUCAGGGCGAUUGAGAGAAGCCUGCGACGGAACCAGGACAUGCCGGCCAAUGUGCGAAUCGACCUCGAGCGAGAACUGGCGUCGCAGAAGCAAAUCAUGAUGGACAAGGCAUACAAGAAGAAGCGCAGCACAAUGAUAUCCAAAUAUCACAUGGUCCGAUUCUUUGAGCGGAAGAAGGCCUCGAGGCUGGUGAAGCAGCUGAAGCGACAGCUUGAACAGGAAAGCGACGCAGACAAGGCAGAAAAAUUACGGCACGACCUUCACAUCGCUGAAGUGGAUGAAGCAUACACCCUCUACUUUCCCCAUCUCGAGACGUACGUCGGCCUAUACAGCUCCACCGCCAAGAAGACACCCGACGAAGAAGAAACCGAAGAGAGCAAGCGUGCAGCCGCAAAGGCAGCUCUAGAAGCAGAGAGGCCACCAAUGUGGGCAGUCAUCGAAAGAGCCCUGGCCGAAGGGCCUCCCGCAUUGGAGCAGCUUCGGGACCGAAGAUCACCAGACGAUACGGGCAAGAUUGAUGAUACACAGCCACCAAUCAGGCCCCAGCCAACAGCCCCGUCAAGUGUGCCCGAACGACGACACAAUGGCGCCUCACAACAUGCUCGCGGGCAGCAACAGCAGCGGCCGGGUAAAGGACCAGACACAUCAUCUAAGCAUGACAACAAGGACAUAUCACAGGCGCUUAACCGGAGAGAAAGGAGGAGGCUAAUGCGGGAGGCCCAGGAGGCUACCAAUGAUGAGGAUGACGAGAAUGGAGACGGGGGCUUUUUCGAAGGGCUCUGA